UAACGUUGACGUCUUGGCUUGGUCUUGUGUUACUGUUUUACAAAAAAAAAAGUAAUAAUAACAGCAAGAAAAACAAAUUAUUUAAUAACGUGGUAUUAAGUAUUGUGCAUAAUAAGGACAUAUUGUUCAUAUUAAUAUGGAUAUCCUAAAAGCAGAGAUAGCAAGAAAACGUAAACUUAUUGAAGAGAAGAACAUUUUGAACUCAUCUAAGAAGUACUUCAAGAGGGGUGAGCUUAUAGCCAAAGAGCAAGAGGAGUACUUCAAAAAGUAUGGCUUAAAACCUGAGGAACCACAAAGUGAAUCAAAAGAUGAUGAAGAAAAAGCUAACAUACAAGAAAAUGAAAGCAAACAAACAGAAAGUGCAACACUACCAAGAACUGAAGUUGUGAAACGGUUAAGGGAGCGAGGACAUCCAAUAACUUUAUUUGGAGAAAACGAAGUACAGUCAUUUAGAAGACUGAGAAGAAUAGAAAUUCAGGAACCUGAAGCAAAUAGAGGUCUUAGAAAUGACUUCCAGGAAGCAAUGGAGAAAGUAGAUCAAGCAUAUUUAAAUGAAAUAUUAGCAUUAGGAACAAAUAAUGACAAUGAGAAAGCUCACAAUGAAGAUGAUUUAGAUGAUUCUAUCACAUAUGAAUUUAUUCAAGAAAUGGCAAAAACUAUGGGACAGGGUGACAGAAAUCAUGAUAUGACUGUUAUUAUGACAUUGUUGCAGUUUCUCCUAAAAAUGUGGGGCCAGCAACUUAAUUCUGCAACAGCGGCGGAAAAGAAUUCUGUGAAGCACAAAAUGGCUAGAGCAACAUACACACAGACUCAAGUGUACCUCAAACCUUUAACAAGAAAACUGAAGAAGAAAUCUUUACCAGAGGACAUUUGUGACAGUCUCAUGGAAAUAACAAAACAUCUAUUAGAAAGGAAUUAUAUAAUGGCUAGUGAUGCUUACCUACAGAUGGCAAUAGGAAAUGCGCCAUGGCCAAUUGGUGUAACUAUGGUUGGCAUCCACGCUCGUACUGGCCGUGAAAAGAUUUUCUCAAAAAAUGUGGCGCAUGUGAUGAACGAUGAAACGCAAAGAAAAUAUAUACAGGCUUUGAAACGACUUAUGACUAAAUGUCAGGAGUACUUUCCUACUGAUCCAUCCAGAUGUGUUGAAUAUAACACAAUUAGACUUAUAGCACAUGAUACACUUGUUAAAUCUAAGAUGAUACUCGAAUAUUUAUUUAAGUUUCAUUUACAAGAUUGUACCAAUAUAUUAUCUGAAUUAGAUAACUUGGGAUAUUUUAGUAUUAAAAUCGAUUUCAUGAAAUUAUUUGAAACAUAUCCAGAUGUUGGGGAUAAAGUUCUCUGUAGCCCUGUAGAAAACCUACCAAUAUGCAAUCAUGACAUCAUAAAAGCUCAACAAACUAUUCUAGAAAGUGAGGAAUACAACCCCUUAAUUAGCCAACUGAGAUACAAGUUUUUGAAAAGAAAUGUACAAGCAAGAUUUUUUGGUUUACCUGUUUGUCCUGAGCUACACCGUACGAUCUUCCCGAAGAAUGUUGACAUGGGAUGUUUUUUAAAAGUAUCAGGGACAGUUGUAAGAGUAACUCAAACUAAAAUGUUGGAAUACCAACGGAAGUAUGUAUGCAUGAAGUGUAAGUUUGAGAAUUGUGUUGAAGCUGAUUUUGAGAACCGCUACAUAUUAAGAGCUCCGUCUAAAUGUGGAAAUAAGGAUAUGAGAUGUAAGUGUUCAACAUUCACUCAAGUAAAUCUUGUAUCAAGAGAACAUUGUAGAGAUUACCAGGAAAUUAAAAUACAGGAGCAAGUGAAUAAGCUUAGUAUUGGUACAAUACCCGGAUCAAUGUGGGUGGUAUUAGAAGAUGAUCUAGUGGAUUGCUGUAAACCUGGUGAUGAUGUUAAUAUAUGUGGCACAAUUCGUCGACGCUGGCGUCCUUCUGUACAAAAUAAAAAAUCUGAAGUAGAAUUAGUGAUGCAAGCUAAUUAUUUAGAAGUGAGUAAUGCUCAGAGAUCUGAAGUCAUAGCCUCAGCGCCGGAUGUUAAGGAUUGUUUUAAUGAGUUUUGGAGCAAAUUUGAAGCAUGUCCUCUGAGAGGCAGAGACCAGAUUUUAGCUUCAGUAUGUCCACAGGUCUACGGUCUACAUUUGGUGAAACUUGCUGUUAUUCUGACUGUCAUUACAGGGUCCAACCAUGCGUUUGAUGAUGACUCUAAUAAAGAAUUGAAGGAAGAUAAAUAUGCAAUGCAUGUAAGGGGACAGUGUCAUUUGCUGUUAGUUGGGGAUCCAGGUACAGGCAAGUCUCAGUUACUACGUGCAGGGGCGGAGCUAACGCCGCGCUCUGUGUUCACAUCGGGGGCGGGGAGCACGCGCGCUGGCCUCACUUGCGCCGCGCUAAGAGAAGAUGGUGAAUGGCAGCUAGAAGCAGGCGCUCUAGUGUUAUCUGACGGCGGCGUCUGCUGCAUUGAUGAGAUAUCUCACUUGAGGGAACACGAUAGGACUGCCAUACACGAAGCUAUGGAGCAACAAACCAUCUCUAUUGCAAAGGCAGGAAUAGUGUGCAAAUUGAACACGCGGUGCGCAGUGAUAGCGGCUUGCAACCCCAAAGGGCAUUAUCAGACUGACGAGCCACUUAGUACCAAUGUCUCCCUCGGAACACCCUUGUUGAGCAGAUUUGAUUUAAUAUUCAUAUUGCUAGAUUCUAAAAACAAAUCCUGGGAUAAGUUGGUGUCAUCGUACAUUUUACACGGAGCAGCCAGCGCUAAGCAAUCCAAAACAAGAUGGACCAUUGAAAAAUUACAGAUGUAUAUCGGUUUAGUGGGGCCAAGAUGUACGGAAAUGACAAAAUCAGCAAAUGCCAUCCUUCAAUCAUAUUAUAUGCUACAAAGAAAAUCACAGAAUAGAGAUCCCUCAAGAACUACAGUUAGAAUGCUAGACAGUUUAGUAAGAUUAUCACAAGCUCAUUCUCGUCUUAUGUAUCGGACAACAAUAUUACCUGUUGAUGCAAUAAUGGCAGUUUCUCUAGUCGACUUAUCAAUGCAAGAUUGUACAUUAAAUGACACAAUGGAUGCAUUACAUUCAACAUUCCAAAAAUAUCCAGAUUUUGAAUAUCUAUGUACAGCAAAAACAUUACUGGAACACUUAAAUCUAAACCAAAUAUGGAUAGAAGAAUUACUUUGUUAUGCAAAGUUACUAAAAACUGAUCAUAAAACUUUAGAGAGUGAUAUAGAAAUGGGUUGUACUAAAUUAUUCAUAAAAUAUGAUGACAUUACAGAUGAUAAUAUUCAACUGUCAUGUUCAUUAAUAACUAGUACAUAUUUUAAAAAAGAUGAGAAACCACACAACUCUAACAAAGAAAAUAGUAAUACAGAAAAACAAAUAAUUAAUAACAGAUUAGCUGCAACAUUAAAAAAGCAUGCUGCAUUAAAUAAAGUUGACGAUAAAUUGCCAGAUACAAAAAAGAAAACACGAAAAAGAAAACGGAAAGAAGUAACCGCAGAUGUUAGUGCGGUUAUGAAAAAUAAACCAAAAUUCUCAAAAAAGAACAAAAUAGAAUCUGACAGCGAUGAAAAUAAUGAUUCAACAAUAAUGCUAAAUGCUGUUCCAAGUGUUAAUGAUAUUUUUAAUGAUUUAGAUAUUGAUUUAAAUAAUGAUAAUGAAUCUUAUACAAUUGAGACUGAAGAUAAUAUCGAAAAAGAUUCUGAAGAAGUUAAAAGAGACACUAAAGCAAAUGAAUCAAAUAAAACCGAAAAUAAAACGUUAAAUUUCUUAAAACAAUUUCAAUAUGUUAAGAAAGAUGAUCCAAAAAAAAUUGAAGACAAUAUAAAAGAUCAAGAAAUAGUUUUACUAAGCGACAUUAAAAAAGAACCAAAUGAAAGUGUUAAUAAAAGUUUUAACAAACCUACUUCUAGUUCCCAAAUAUCUAUAUUCGAGAGCACAGAUUGUGAUAUUGAUUUGGACAUAUGAUAAACUAGAAUUUAAAAACAAACAAAAUAAUGUACCUGCAGAGUCUCCAAGGCAGUAAAUUAAUGGAAGAAUUUCUUAAUUUUUUCAGAUUUUUUGGACCCUCAAACUUUUAAAGGCAGGUAAUGCAUCAAUGAAUGUCUAUGAUUUCAGAUGCCUUGCUCGUUUGCUACCUUAUGAUAAAAAAGCUAUUCGCCCUAUGUAUAAAUGAAAU